AUGACUGCCCCCGGCCACUGCCUAAUGAACAUGCAUUAUUCAUGGCGCGGGGCCGUGCCGUACUCCGCCGUGCCGAACACCGAGCCCGGCCACAGAUGUGAAGCUGUGAUGGAGGACGGCGGCUCGGCUUGCGGCGGCGGCAGCGCUGGGGGCGGCGCGUGCUCGCCGGUGCCGCUGGCGGCGGCGGUGCCCGUGGCCGUGGCGCUGCCGGCACCCACGGCGUCGCCCCCGCCCGUGCCCGUAGCCCCUGCCCCCGGGGGCGGCGCCGGCCCCGGGGGCGGGCCCGCGGCGGCCCAGCAGCAGCAGGCGGCGGACGAGGGCUACCUGCUGGUGCGCGUGCACGUGCCCGAGCUCAACGUGCAGAAGUGCCUGCAGUUCCCCAGGGACCAGCUCGUCUGGGACGUCAAGCAGCAGUGCCUCGCCGCCCUGCCCAAGGUGGCCACGUGGUUCCGGGAACUCAAAGAGAGCUUUAAUUAUGGUCUCUUCUGUCCUCCUGUGAAUGGGAAGGCAGGCAAAUUUCUUGACGAGGAGCGGCGUCUUGCUGAUUAUCCUUUCAAUGGACCUGUUGGCUACCUGGAGCUCAAGUACAAGAGACGUGUGUACAAAAUGUUGAACCUGGAUGAGAAGCAGUUAAAAGCUUUACAUACUCGAGCUAAUCUACGCCGUUUGUUAGACUAUGUUGCAAAUGGCCAAGUUGAAAAAAUCACUAAGAUGUGCUCCAAAGGACUUGAUCCCAACUUUCACUGCCCAGAAACUGGAGAGACACCUCUGACUUUGGCAACUGGGAUCAAGAAGCCAGCAAAGGUUCUGAUAGCACUUGUUAAUGGAGGUGCCCUGCUAGAUUACCGUACUCGAGAUGGUUCAACAGCCAUGCACCGUGCUGUGGAACGCAACAGUCUAGAAGCAGUAACCACACUGUUGGAACUCGGGGCAAGCCCCAACUACCGUGAUGCCAAGGGCCUGACACCAUUAUACUUGGCGGUUACAUGCCGCACAGAUCCCCUGCUCUGUGAGGGUCUUCUUCAUGAUCGAGCCAUCAUUGGAGCACAGGAUCUGCAGGGGUGGCAGGAAGUCCAUCAGGCCUGUAGAAAUGGACUGGUACAACACCUCGAGCAUUUACUUUUCUACGGGGCAGACAUGAACGCUCGGAAUGCCUCCGGCAACACACCAUUGCACGUUUGUGCAGUUAACAGUCAAGAGUCAUGUGCAAGGCUUCUUUUAUUUCGUGGCUGUGAUAGAGAUGCACUGAAUUACGCAAACCAGACGCCGUACCAGGUUGCUGUCAUUGCAGGCAACUUGGAGCUUGCUGAAGUAAUUCAAAAUCACCGUCCAGAGAAUGUUGUCCCGUUCCGAGAACCCCCCCGGUACAACCCCAGGCGUCGAACGGGUGCAGGUGCAGGUGGGGGUGGGGGGAUGCAACACCAACACCAGCACCAUCAUCUCCACCACCAUCCCCACCAUCACUCCUCAAUAAGCAGGGUUCCCGCAGACCCUCUCAACCUGGAGCUGCCUCCCUCUCCCUCCCCCUCGAACCGCUCGCUGCCCCCCUACAGCUCGGCGUCGUCCAGCCUGAGUGAGACGAGUAGCGGCUCUACGCAACCCAGUGCAGAAGAUAGUGCAAGCUAUGUCACAGACAAGAGCUUGGGUGAUACAAGUGACAUCAUCAGUGAUAGUUCUGGAGUUGGCACAGCCAACAGUGACACUACGAACAACUCUGUCAUUCUCCCUGGGACAGCUGUUGUGUGUCUUGAGAACUACAGCUCUAGUCUCCCAGGCCAUCUCCGCAUUUCUCAGGGGGAUAUUCUUGAAGUAACAGGCUCAACUGACUGUGGUCUCCUAGAGGGCACCUUGCGUGGUCAAGGUACAGGGUUGUUCCCAGCACACUGUGUACAAGAGGUACGUCUACGCCAAGGUGUGGUGCCGCCACCAAUAUUGCCACAGCCUCCACCAUGUCUUACUCGGCCUACUCCUCCCCGUGUGCAGGGAAGACGGGAAUCUGUGCACAAGCAUUUUGCAACAGCACCACGGCUAAAAAAACAGUUGCCAGCAGAACCUCGAACAGUAGUGUUACACCGUGCCAAGAAGGGCUUUGGAUUUGUCCUUCGUGGUGCCAAAGCGACGUCACCCCUUAUGGAACUGCAGCCCUCGGAUAGGUGCCCUGCGUUACAGUACCUAGACGAUGUAGACCGAGGAGGAGUGGCUGACAUGGCUGGUCUGCGCAAGGGUGAUUACCUGCUUGCUAUAAAUGGCGAAGAUGUUUCUGCUGCCUCACAUGAGCAUGUUGUGGAUCUGAUUCGACGAUCUGGUGACCUCGUUUCGAUGACUGUUGUCUCUCUGGGUGCUGCUUAUGGUGUACCAAAUUCUAAAUCAUCUACACUUAUUCCUGGUUCUGGAAGUUCAAGCCAUCAUCGACAAUAUGCUACUUUACCUCGCAAGAUGACUAACAGUGGCACAAUUGGACGAUCGCCAGCUCCACUGCCCCCGAGGAGAGAUCCUAAAACAACAUUGAGUGUGGGACGUGCAAGAGCUCGAUCCAUGGUAGCUGGACUAGAAGGUGGUGGUGAAAAAGAAGACAUAGAUGAUAUUGAUGGAACUGGUCUGGCGAGUGGAGGGGGAACAGCCAAGAGCAGCUCAGCUGAAUCCAUCCACCAGCACAGCACAGGAAGUAACAGUACACCUGUGCCUCCUCGCACUGCUUCUAUUCGAGCCAGACCAACCUCUAGUCGCAUCACUGCAGCUGAGUUGGAAGAACUCUUUCAACGCCAACAAGGAAGUGGAGCAUCAUCAGAAGUUAUGACUUCCCACUUCCAAGUGCCAACUCCUGGUGGUGUAUCACAACCAUCUUCUCCAGCACGGACACCUCGUGUCUAUGCCAGUGUGGCAGAGAUGAAGCGUAGCAAGGGGAAGACAAGUUCCAGAGUUCGUUUCUUCAAUGGUGGCUCAGACUUGCACAGAGACUUCCACAGUACUCCUGACCUUGCAAGAAAUAGUGCACUAAUAAAUGGUUCAGUGCCUGUGGAUAACAGAGUUCCUAAGGGACACCGAAGCCAGGAAGAUGUUGCAGCUCUGAUGAUGUUGGGAGGAGGUCUGGUUACAGGCAGGCCUCCACUGCCACCACCAACACACCCACCGCCACCUCCACCAAUAGGUCAAUUGGUGAAAGUAGAUAUUUCAAGAGGUACUCAGAAGCCAGCAUCAUCAGUUCUGACAGUUGGUAGUGAAUAUGCUAAUAUGUCAGCCAGUAAUAUCAAGCCCGAUACAGCAACACCUCGUAGUAGCAGCGGCACAAGUAGUGACAGUGGUUCAGGUAGCAUCAUGUCCAGCUUCAGACCAGCAAACAGUGCCAAACUCUAUGCAUCACCUGAAGAUGUAAAGACAGUUGGAUACCGUUCUCGAAGUCUGCCUGCUCAUUCUGCUCGACCUCAGGUUAGGAAAUCUCACAGUCUUAGAUCUGCCGCUUCAUCUUUUAAGCCACCAUCACAGAUGACGACAGUUCAGACUGCUAUUAACAAUACGAACCCCUAUUCGACUACUAACAACAAUGCAAAUCCUUAUGCUCAACCUAUACGAGCAUCACGAAGUCACAGCACAGCUGGCAGCAAGGAGAGCACUAAGGGGAAGUCCAAAACAAAGACAAUACCCACGAGUUCUUCAGCAGCAAAUCUUUCGGCAGCAACUGGUAGCGGUGGUGGAAGCAGCAGCAGUAGCAGUGGCCCCCCACCUAUUCCAGAGCCCGAUUAUAGCCUCAGUGAGAGCGAACCAGAUGUUGAUGAUGAGAGUGAUAAGGACUUAGAAGAGAAGGCCACGGUAAAAGUAGAAACCAGUGGUAAUAGCAAUGCCAGCAGUGGCAGUAGCUCUUCGAGCACAUUACCACACAGUUUCAGCGUAGAAGAGAUUCAGAAGGUUCGCACGCAGCUAAAGAGCUCAAAAAGUUACCCUAAUGAUUUUCUGAUGCUAAACCCAAAUUCCGGUGGUGGAGGUGGUGAGAGUGGAGGUAGUGGAGGCGGAGGAGAAGAAGGCGGUGGUGACAACGGUGGUGGCAGUAAUGGUGGUGGUGAAGAUGGUGACAACUCUUCGAGUGGUGUAAGUUCUGAUCAGGAGGUUCCUGUUGGACCACCUUGUGGUUUUGAUGAUGGACGAUCUUCUGAAGGCUCCGGAAGUUCUACUGGUGAGGACCGCAGCGUUCAGAGUGAGACUACUGCCAAGCAGCAGAAUCCCACAGUUAAUAGACAGAGAGUAGUAAUCACAGGUGGUGGUAUGUUAACGAUGUUAACGAGAAACGCGGUCUCUCUUGCACAGCUCCCACCUCCUCUUGAAGGUGAAGGAGAAGGCGAUGGAGAACUUGUAGUUCCACCACCACCAGAAUUUCUUGGUGGAAUUGGAAAUGGAAACAAUGGUGCGACAACUGAAGAAGUACUUGCACCGCCUCCACAAUUUAGUGACAAUCGAUUAGUGACUAGAGUAAGGAUAGUAGGGGCCGUACCGAAACCUGGAGCAUCUGCUGCCAGUGCGAGGCUACAUAGCCAGUGAAGUCAUUAUUAGUUUAUUACAAAAGACACUAACUUCUAAGAGACUGACAUUUUUACUCAAUAUUUUUUCUGAAUUUUUUCCAAGUCUAUAUUUAGGCAGUACACAUGUUAAAAUAAUUAACUUAAAAAACAAAAAAAAAAGAAAUAUAUAAAAGAUCUUGGAACAGUUAUUUCUGUUUCUCCUCAAAUGCAUUUAUGCUACAGAGAUUAAAUAAUAAAUAACAACGAAGAGCUGUUUUAGCCUCACAGGGAAUCCUGUUUAAUUUCCUGCCUUAGAAUGGAAUGACUGUAAAAACUGUAAAGACAAAACAUGUAAACUGACAACUAAAUUUAGUGUACGUUUAAGGAUUUGUAGUUGUGCACAGUCUCCUGUUCAUCGUCCAGUACCUAAAUUAAUAAUGUCUGCUGUGUUGCGUUGCUAAUUAACUAGAAUAAAGUGUUGAAAUGUAUGAAUAAUUGUAAUUUUUUAUGUAUAAAAUGCUGUUAGUUAGUAAUGUGGUAAUUUACCUUAAACAGACAGAGAAGAAAUGCUCAAAGAGAUUUUUCACCUGAAGAUUGCUGCAAGACGCAAAUCUAUUUAAUAGAAUAUUACAUUCCAUCUUAAGUAGAUAUGUCUAUUUAUAAGGGAAUACUCUGGAACUGCUUGAAGAUAUAAUGGAUUUAUCCAGUUUUGCAUGUAAUACUUCAAAAUAUGGCCAAAGUACUCUUCACUGUUACUGUUCAGUAAAGCAAACAAUAUAGCCGACUGUAUAGUUGAAAAUGUACAGAGAUUAUAAUGCACAGAAUUGUGAGUAAAUACUGGGAAAAAUUAGUUCUGUCCAUGCCUGAUGAAAUUUUAUGGAAAACUAUUAGCUGUGUAUAAUAAAGUGAAUUGUUUGUACUACAGACAGCACAUUGUUGCCUCAUCACCGUGUUUGAGCAUUUGCAAUUUCCUACAGAUUUUGACAGAUUUCAGAAGAGUUCCACAAAAAUACCCAAAUGAUAUUUUCUUGUCAGUUUUUAAGAUUGAUGUUUAU